UUGUAUCGGAGGAAUCAACAGCCGCCAUCUUGACGCGGCUCAGAAUCGGGAUUUCGGGGGGAGCAUUAAUUUUAAAAACCGACCGGAGCGAUCCAGACCGGGCUCAAACGGCUUUUUUCGUCCAGAAAAUCGAAGUGCUUGUUCGUCCGAUGACAAUUAAUGCGAACAUGUGAUGGUAACAUGCGUUUUUAUCGUCCGGAGAGCCCCCUGUAUAUUUGAUUUCCCUUUUACCGAGCGCCGCUUCUCGCCGUAUCUCCGUCUCUUGACGCUGUAUUUACCGGGAGACAGCGACCAGAAAAAUAAUCCACUUCAUAGAAAAUAUUUUUUGAAUUUUGCUCUUUUUAUUUAAGCCCGAGGAAGAUUUUAUGGCCGCUUGUUUCGGCUGCGAAAAAAAUGAUUCUGUACAGACGCGAAACCGGCGAUCUGCGGAGAAAGGGAUUUGCUCAAGCGUUGUGUAAUAUUUUAUAAUUGAUUUUUAUUUAUUUUUCUUGAACUGAAAUAAUUUUUGGACGCGAUUAUUGAGGAUAAUUAUGUGGGUGUUGGGUGUUGGAUUAUCAUGGGGUGAUCUUCGGUGGCGAAGCGUGGCGCUGUUGCCUUUCUUUUGAAGCCUUUUACACCAGGCAACAUUUCGCCAGUCUGCCAGUCAAGAGAAGAAAAAACACUUAUAUUGCUGCUUUUUUUUUUUUUUUUUUUUUUUUUGCGAAAGUGGCCCGUUUUAACGACCUCGAAGCUGACUAGUUAGACUGAUUUUUUUUUUUUUUCGUGCAUCAUCAUCCAUUCACAAAAUUUACCAACCAGUCCAGGAUGGCUGACAAUCUGCUGGAUGUCGGACCCCCCACUGCAAAGCGACCCAAGCUGAAUUCACCUCUCUCAGGAUCAGAUGGCCCAGACCUUGUGUCCCUGUUUGACCUGGAAAACGAUCUUCCAGAUGAGCUCAUUCCCACUGGAGACUUGGGAAUGGGAAUGUCCUCCAACGGCAUACCAGGAGGAGGGGGUCCUGGUCUCAACUCCAUCAUCCCAGAUGCCGCUGCCAAACACAAGCAGCUUUCUGAGCUUCUGCGAACAGGAAGUUCCUCCAUCUUGGGAGGUGGUCUAAAUUCUGCCAACCCUCAACAGGGAGGCAUGGUGGGAAGCCAACUGGGUGCUGUGCUUGGUAAAAGCCCACUGGGGCCAGGUGCUACCAAUCACCAGUCUCCCCAGGCCCAGAAAGGAGGUGCAUCAGUUGGACAAGGCAAUGGAGGCAUGGGAUUCAACCAGGCCAUGCUGAACAGUGGGCAGGGGCACGGGGUCAUGGGCCAAGCGGGACAAGUGAUGAAUGGGGCUCUGGGAACUGCAGGCCGGGGUAGACCUGGGCCUGGCAUGCAGUACCAGGGCCAAGGCAUGCAGGGGGCUGGACCUGGUGUUGGAAGCAGUGUGCUAGCAGAGACACUCACACAAGGAGGGCCACAGUUGGGAGCACACGUGUUAAAUGCUCAACAAGCUGGAAACAUGAAUAAGAUGGGGAUGUCAGGAGCUCCAUUUGGCCAGCAGUACGGCCAGGCUGGGGUUCAGCAGAUGGGGGCAGCGGGGGUCAACGCUCAACAACUUCAGAACAAGACAGCCCUUUCCAACAACCUGCCCCAAUUCCCUGCUGACCUGAAGGGAGCUGGGAGUGUGCCAAACAUGUCCCAGAUGCAGCAGCAGGUAGCCUCGGUGGGCAUGGUCUCUGGGGCUGGUGGUGUGUCAGCGGGCCCAACAGCCGAUCCUGAGAAGCGUAAACUCAUUCAGCAGCAGCUGGUCCUGUUGCUCCAUGCACACAAGUGCCAGCGGCGGGAACAGGCCAAUGGGGAGGUGAGGGCCUGCACUCUGCCCCACUGCCGCACCAUGAAGAACGUCCUCAACCACAUGACCCACUGCCAGGCUGGCAAGUCCUGCCAGGUGGCUCACUGUGCAUCCUCCAGACAGAUCAUCUCCCAUUGGAAGAACUGUACGCGGCACGACUGUCCAGUCUGCCUGCCUUUGAAGAAUGCAAGUGACAAGAGGAACCAGCAACCCAUGCUGAGUUCCCCUGGGGCUAGCAUGCAGAACGCCAUCAGUUCAGUGGGUCCAGGCCAACCCAGUUCCACAGCCAUCAACAGUGCUGCCACAAACAUCGACCCCAGCUCCAUGCAGAGGGCUUAUGCUGCCCUUGGCCUGCCGUAUGGGAACCAGUCCCCUGCUCAGGUCCAGGGUCAGGGUCCUGGACAGCAAAACCCCCAGGGGCACCAGCAGCUACGGAAUUUAAACCCACUAGGCACUAAUCAGAUGAACCAGAUGGCAGGAGGCAUGGGUGUCCCCUCUUCAGACCCGUCUGGCAUGCACUCUGACUCCUCUCUACCAUCUACACUGAACAAUCAGCUGAUGCCGGAUGGGUCUGUAGCGGGAGGCAUGGGAAACCUGCCCGCUGCUACCCCUCUCUCUGCUUCAGGAGUAAGAAAGGCCUGGCAUGAACACGUCACUCAGGACCUUCGCACCCACCUGGUGCACAAACUUGUACAAGCCAUAUUCCCUACCCCAGACCCCGCAGCACUGAAGGACAGGCGAAUGGAGAACCUGGUGGCAUAUGCACGCAAAGUAGAGGGUGACAUGUACGAAUCAGCUAACAGCAGGGAUGAGUAUUAUCACUUCCUGGCUGAGAAAAUCUACAAAAUCCAGAAAGAACUGGAAGAAAAGAGGCGAUCACGGCUCCAGAAACAGCCUGGCAUGGUGGGCACAGCCGGGCCUCAGCAGCCUGGUAUGGCUCAGCCCAACGCUAUGGGCCCAGGACAGGCCGUCCGACCUCCAAAUGGACCUGUGCCUAUGCCUAACAUGCCAAAUCAAAUAAUGAACCGUAUGCAGGUGCCCCAAGGAAUCAAUCAGUUUAACCCAAUGGCAAUGCAGAAUGCGCAGAUGUCUCAGGCACCCAUGGGAGCACGUGCUCCCUCCCCCAUGAACCAUCCACAGCAGAUGAACAUGAGCUCCGUCCCAUCGAUGGGCAUGUCCCCUUCUAGGAUGCCUCCGGCUCAAGGAAUGAUGGGUAGUCAUGCUAACAGCAUGGUUGCUCAGCCAGGCAACCAGGGCCAGUUCUUGCAACAGGGCCAGUUUUCUACAGCUGCAGGUGGAGCAAUGAAUGUGAAUGUAGGCAUGGGUCAGCCCAUAACACAGGCUGCUGUCGCUCAGCAGCAGCAGAACUCUAACCUCCCACUGAAUGCACUGGGAUCACUUGGUUCUCAGUUGCCCUGUGGCCCUGCAUCCCAAUCCCCCCUUGGCCCGACCCCCCCACCCAAUUCCUCUGCCAGCUUGCAGCAGCAGCAGCAGCAGCAGCAGCAGCAGCAGCAGCAACAGCUGCAGCAGCAGCAGCAGCAGCAGCAGCUGCAACACCAUGCAUCAGCACAGGCCCAGGUGCCACCACGGCCCUCCACCCCUGCCUCUACGGGUGGGCCUUCAUCCACCCCUACCCACAUAACCAAUAGCCUCCCUGGCCCCCCUUCAGCCAGGGGCGCAACCCCUGACCCCUCCCAGCCGCUCACACCCAUGCAGCCCCAACCAGAUCCCCCAAGCCAGAUGCAGCAGCCCACCUCAGUGCAGGCACAGCAUCCCAGCACACCGUUGUCCCAGGCUGCAGCAAGUAUAGAUAACAGAGUGCCAACCCCAGGCUCGGUGGCUGAGCAGAGCUCCCAGCAGUCCCUGCCAGACAUGAGCAGCACCCCAGCCAAACCUGAAGUAAAAGAUGAAGAAGAGGACAGCAACUCCGGAAAGAAACAGACAGAUUUAAAAAUGGAGCAGGAUGAUGAUACCAAACCCCCACUGGUGAAGAAGGAAGAGCCAGACGAAGCAGAGCCAAAGCAGGAACCAAUGGAAACUGAGGAGAAGAAGCCGGAGAUGAAGACGGAGAUGAAGACGGAACCCAAAGAAGAGGAGGAAGGUGGAGCAAACGGCUCCUCAUCUACCACUCAAAACCGCAAAAAAAUUUUCAAGCCAGAAGAGCUAAGACAAGCACUGAUGCCGACACUCGAGGCCCUCUACAGGCAAGGCCCAGAGUCACUGCCCUUCAGACAACCUGUAGACCCCAUGCUCCUGGGUAUUCCUGACUACUUUGAAAUUGUGAAAACUCCCAUUGACCUAUCGACCAUCAAGCGUAAGCUUGAUACGGGGCAGUACCAGGAACCGUGGCAGUAUGUGGAAGAUGUGUGGCUCAUGUUCAACAAUGCUUGGUUGUACAACCGCAAAACAUCUCGCGUCUACAAGUACUGCACCAAACUGGCUGAAGUGUUUGAAGCAGAUAUCGAUCCUGUCAUGCAGGGCCUGGGCUACUGCUGCGGCCGGAAGUACGAGUUUUCACCCCAAACGCUGUGUUGCUAUGGCAAACAGUUGUGUACCAUCUCCAGGGACGGCACUUACUACAGCUAUCAGAACAGUUCACCCAAAUAUGGCCUUGUUGCCGACAGGUAUCACUUCUGUGAAAAGUGCUUCAACGAGAUCCAGGGCAACAGUGUGACUCUGGGGGACGACCCUGCCCAGCCACAGACUAUGAUAUCAAAAGAGCAGUUUGAAAAGAAGAAAAAUGACAUGUUGGACCCUGAGCCGUUUGUUGAAUGUAAAGACUGUGGACGAAAGAUGCAUCAGAUCUGUGUGCUGCACUAUGACGUCAUUUGGCCAACAGGCUUUAUCUGUGAUAGCUGUUUGAAGAAGUCUGGCAAAACCAGAAAGGAGAACAAGUUUGCUGCCAAAAGGUUGCAGACUACAAGGUUGGGGUCAUAUAUUGAGGACAGAGUAAACAAGUACUUGAAAAGGCAGAACCACCCAGAGGCCGGCGAGGUGUUUGUGCGAGUGGUGGCCAGCUCUGACAAGAAUGUGGAGAUAAAGCCUGGCAUGAAGUCUAGGUUCGUGGACUCAGGCGAGAUGGUGGAUGGCUUCCCUUACAGAACCAAAGCACUUUUUGCAUUUGAGGAAAUAGACGGUGUGGAUGUUUGUUUCUUCGGCAUGCACGUCCAGGAAUACGGCUCAGAGUGCCCUUUUCCAAAUACAAGACGGGUUUACAUAUCAUACCUCGACAGUAUUCACUUCUUCAAACCACGUUUGCUAAGGACUGCAGUGUACCAUGAGAUCUUAAUAGGCUACCUGGAGUACGUGAAGAAACUUGGGUAUGUGACAGGUCACAUCUGGGCCUGCCCACCCAGUGAAGGAGAUGACUACAUUUUCCACUGCCAUCCUGCUGACCAGAAGAUCCCAAAGCCCAAGAGGCUCCAAGAGUGGUAUAGAAAAAUGCUGGACAAGGCUUUUGCUGAGAGGAUCCUGCAUGACUACAAGGACAUUUUCAAGCAGGCAACAGACGACAGGCUGACAAGCGCCUAUGAGCUGCCGUACUUUGAGGGUGACUUUUGGCCUAAUGUACUGGAGGAGAGCAUCAAAGAGCUGGAGCAUGAGGAGGAGGAGAGAAAGAAGGAGGAGAACACGGCCUCUACAGAGACGACAGAGGGAGCCCAAGCUGACAGUAAGAAUGCCAAAAAGAAGAACAACAAGAAAACUAACAAAAACAAAAGCAGUGUCAGCCGAGCCAAUAAGAAAAAGCCUGGGAUGCCGAAUGUAGCCAAUGAUCUGUCCCAGAAGCUCUACGCCUCGAUGGAAAAGCAUAAGGAGGUGUUUUUUGUUAUCCACCUCCAAGCGGGGCCAGCCGUUAACACCCUGCCACCCAUCAUGGACCCCGACCCUUUGUUGACCUGUGACCUAAUGGAUGGCCGCGAUGCCUUUCUGACUUUGGCCAGGGACAAGCACUGGGAGUUUAGCUCACUGAGAAGGUGCAAAUGGAGCUCGAUGUGUAUGCUUGUAGAGCUGCACAACCAGGGCCAGGACCGCUUUGUGUACACGUGCAACGAAUGCAAGCACCACGUAGAGACCCGUUGGCAUUGCACCGUCUGCGAGGACUACGACCUAUGCAUUAACUGCUACAACAUUAAGGGCCAUGAGCACCACAUGGUGAAGUGGGGCUUGGGUUUGGAUGAUGACAGCAACGGUCAGGGAGGAGAGGCCUCCAAGAGCCCAGAGAGCCGACGUCUCAGCAUCCAGCGCUGCAUCCAGUCCCUCGUCCACGCUUGCCAAUGUCGAAAUGCCAACUGCUCCCUGCCUUCGUGCCAGAAGAUGAAGAGGGUGGUUCAGCAUACCAAGGGCUGCAAGCGCAAGACCAAUGGUGGCUGUCCUGUGUGCAAGCAGCUAAUCGCUUUAUGUUGUUAUCAUGCCAAGCACUGUCAGGAGAACAAGUGUCCUGUUCCCUUCUGUCUCAACAUCAAGCACAAACUACGCCAACAGCAGCUGCAGCACAGGCUACAGCAAGCUCAAUUGAUGCGCCGCAGAAUGGCUACCAUGGCUGGAAGGGGUAUGCCCAUGCCAUCUCCACCUACCUCAGCUGCCCCGGACACCCCAAACUCUGUGCAGCAGCCUAACACACCCCAGACUCCCCAGCCCAUGCCCAACCAGCCCCAACAACAGCAGCCAAACAACCCUGUCAACAUUUCCCAAGGCUUCCCCAACAAUGGCCGCAGCAGCCAGCCCCCAACACCUGUGCCACAAGGCAAACCAGGGCCUCAGUCAUCCCCACUCCAUCAGCAGCAGUCACCUCUGCCUAACAUGCCACACCAACAGCAGCCUCAACCACCACCACAACAACAACAACAACAACAACAACAGCAGCAGCAGCAGCAGCAGCAGCAGCAGCAGCAGCAACAGCAGCAACAACAACAACAACAACAACAACAACAACAACAACAGCAACAACAGCAACAACAACAACAGCAGCAGCAGGCAGCCCUGAAGGUGGCCAGACAGAUCCAGAUGGUUGCUAAGGCAAGGCAACAGCAGCAGCAGCAGCAACAGCAGCAGCAGAAUUAUGCUAUGAAUGGUAUGCAGAUGAACCAUCCAAGAAUGAUGGGGCCCAUGCAGGGCCAGAUGCAGAUGAUGCAGGGGCCAAGGGGUCCACAAGUGAUGCAGGGCCAGUGGGGUCCAGGAAUGCAGAAUCCCAUGCAGAAUCCCCAGGGUCAUCAGCCACAGGUCCCGUCUCAACAAGGCCCAAUGGCCUCUCAGCAGGCUCAGGGAACUCCCAUGCCACAGCAGGGCCAGAUAAUGCAGAGGCCAAUGAUGCCCCAGCAACAGACUCUCCAAAUGCCUCCCCAGGGGCACUCACAGCAAGGCAUGACACCACAGCAGCAGAACAUGCCACGAGGGAUACCUACUAACAUUGCUCCGAGUGCCCUGCAGGACUUACUGCGCACCCUAAAAUCACCCAGCUCCCCCCAGCAGCAGCAGCAGGUCCUAAACAUCCUCAAGUCAAACCCACAACUCAUGGCAGCCUUUAUUAAACAAAGGACAGCUAAGUACCAGGCCAAUCAGCCGCAGCAGCAGGGGCAGCAGCAGAACCCUCAAGCUAUGCUUGGGUCCCAGGCAGGAAUGCAGGCAAUGGCAGCCAUGGCAAACCAGGUGCAGAGGCCAGUUAUGGCACCGCAGCAGCAGCCUCCUCAACAGGCAGGACCCCAGGGCAUGGCAACCAUGGGCCCCCAAGGCCAGAUGAUGAAUGCUGCUCAAAAUGGCAAUCCCCAACUGUACCACAGACAGCAGCUGCUCAGGAUGCAGCAGAUACAACAGCAGCAGCAGCAGCAGCAGCAGUCACCGCAGCAGCAGGGAGGCAUGCCUCAGGGUCAUGGUCAGUUCCCUCAGCAGCAGCCAGGGCCAGCAAGUUACUCCCAGCUCCGUAUGCAGCAGCAAAUGGCUAUGCAAGGAGGUGGGGGGCCCAUGGGACAGCUUCCUCCAAACUCCCAAAUGGGACAACCUGGCAUGGGGAUGGAUGGGGCUCAAAACCUUCUCCAGCAACGUAUGCUUCAGCAGCAGCAGCAGCAGCAGCAGAUGUUAAAGCAGCAGAUGGGUUCUCCCAUUCAGGCUAACUCAAUGAGCCCACAACCCCAUAUGCUCCAAGGCCAAGCCCAGGGCGGACCUCACUUACCUGGCCAGACUAUGGCAAACACCCUGGGUAACCAAGUACGCUCCCCAGCCCCAGUGCAAUCCCCUCGUCCGCCUUCGCAGCAGCCCCCGCAUUCCAGCCCUUCCCCACGUAUACAGCCUCAGCCCUCACCUCAGCACGGCACCCUUCACUCCAGCUCUCCCCACCCUAGCCUUGGAGGCCCAAUGUCAGGCUCCAUGGAUCGACAUAUGGGAACACCGGAGCAGAGUGCCAUGCUCCCACAACUUAAUACACCGAACAGAGGGGGUUUGAGUAAUGACAUGGGUAUGGUGGGUGACACGACGGGAGACACGCUGGAAAAAUUUGUUGAAGGAUUGUAGCAUUUUGUGACAGAAGAAAGGCCUUGUUCUGUUUUCAGCUGAGACAUUUUUAUACUUGCUGAUGUAAAAAGCUAAAAGAAAUUCAAACAACUGAGUCAUAUGAGGCCUACAGACUGUGAACUUUCCUUAAACCAAGGGACUGCUUUUCUUCCAAGACACAGAGUGAAUUAAUAAUUGCUGUUGUAAAGAAGACAACAAAGACACAAAGAAUAUAUUUUUGGUUCAGACCAGCCAUGCAAGAAUUUGCCUUGGUCUAUGUGUUGUUUUCAUUUGUUUUUCAUUUGUUAUGCUCUGGUAUGGACUUUUUUAACAAAACUUCUCAAAACAAAAAUAUUUCAUUUUAUUAUUCAUUUUUUAUUUUGUACCUUUUCAAAUUAAUAUCAUAUUUGUGUUGAGAAGACUGUAAAAUUAUUUGUCUGGGAUUUUUUUUUUUUUUUUUGCCAGGUUUCACCUCUUGCUCAGUUUCUCUGUUCCCUGGCUAAUUUAUUCUAAUAUGCCAUUUUACAAAAGGACUGCCUUUGGGGAAGCCUUAAUUUCUUUCCUGUUUGCAGAGUCUACGGGAGAUUAACACAUUUGUAUAGAUCUAGGCACUAUUGCACACACCCGUACACAAAUGGCAGGUGUAAGAAAAACCUGCAUUAAAGCUCGUUAAUGUUCACAGGUGCCGGAAUGUUCUUUUUACUGGCUUUGGCCCAGUGUUUGUCUUGCAAAUGUUAAAAUAAUUGCUUUGUCUCUCCCUCAGUCUACAGAAAUUGUCAUGAAGUCCUGAACUGUAAGAAGUGGUUCAAAUGGCUCAUUUCGUACUUAUAUACAAUGUUGUUAAAUAAACCUGUGUGCCACAGA